CACGAAACAGCCUCAUACACACGCUACCCACUCUCGCAAAAGACAACUCGCAGAUGAAGAAGCGCAAGCAGGAGGAGGAAUCAGACGAGCGGUGUCCAGCAUGUACGGCAUCAGGUCCACCACCCGCUCAACAAAUCGCAGUCGAUUGGAUCGCCUGUGAGCAUUGCGAGACAUGGUACCAUUGUGCCUGUCUUCAACUCAUCCUUGCAACGGUCGAUACGCACUAUUGCUCGAUGUGUACGGACGCAGGCUAUGGUCAGACGGUAUUACGCGAUGGUCGUCCGAGAAGGGCGCGUGCAGGAGUAGAUUAUAACGCGUUGGAUGCAGGUGAGCAUGUCAAUGCCUUGAGGCAUAAGUAUACCACGCUCUGUCAAGAACGGUCAUUUGCGCCAGCAGCUGUGAGAGAAGUGGCAGAUGGAGCGACCCUACGGAAAAGGUUACUGGAUGUGGAGGGGUUUGAUGAGCCGAUUGUGGUGCGGAAUCAGCAAGGCUUGGACAUGACCAUUCAACAAGACUUGACGGUGGAUGAAGUUGCGCGUCGCGUUGGUAGGGAUAAGCCGCUCGAAGUGAUGGAUGUGCCGACACAGGGCGAAGAUACUGGCUGGACGCUUGGAAGAUGGGCAGAUUACUACAAAGAGGCGCAACCCACGCGCGUGCGCAAUGUCAUUUCGCUGGAGCUGAGCGAUUCGACGCUUGGCCAAGAGAUGCAACGUCCAAAGGUCGUCCGCGAGCUCGACCUGAUUGAUCAGUUUUGGGACCCUGAAGAGUUCGACAAGGGCGCCUAUCCGAAAGUGCGUCUCUAUUGCCUUAUGAGUCUCACAAACAGUUAUACGGACUUUCACGUUGACUUUGCCGGUACGAGCGUCUUUUACCACAUUCUAGCAGGGCAAAAGACGUUUCUCUUCAUUCGCCCAACGGCUGCCAACCUCAAAAAGUACAGCGACUGGUGCCUGUCAUCAAAUCAAGCGAGUACUUUUCUUGCAGACGCUUGCAAGGAUACAUUUAAAGUGGACUUGAUGCAGGGCGACACCAUGUUUAUACCCUCUGGCUGGAUCCACGCUGUACACACACCUGCCAAAUCACUUGUUAUUGGUGGCAACUUUCUCAGCCUGCUAGGCUUACAACGGCACCUCGACAUUGUUGCUAUCGAACAACGCACAAAAGUACCUGGUAAAUUUCGCUUUCCGCAGCUGGCACGGACACUGUGGUAUACGCUUCUAGGAUGUUUGGCGUCACCUGAACGGAUAGCGACACAAGUGGAAUGGGCAGGUCUCAGCCGACUUGCUAGUUAUCUUGUGCCACAAGCGCGUGUCAUCACAGGCGAUCAUAUUGAUGGUGUUGUUGCAUCCACUGCAAAGAAGGAGUACCCUUCUGCUGCUAUUCGUGGCGAUGCAUUGUACCUCAUUGCCGUCUUUUCCAAUAUGCUUGCCAGGUUGGCAAAAGAGCGAGGCUACAAUUCUGAUGCUGAAUUGGUUGACUAUCGUGGCGCUGAGCAAGGGCUAUCGAUUCGUGUGACAAGACGCAUUAAGGGCGAUACGGGCUAUAAGCGUUCAUGGGUGCCAUUAUCACCGGAUGGACGUAUCCUUGGCAGUGGCCGCAAACCCAGUGACGCGGUGAAAGUGGAAGAAGAAUCUGCUGCACCCUCACCUGUUGUGGUCUUGGCCUGUCCCGAGGAAUCCAGCGAUCCAAUUGUGCAAAACAAUACCUACUUGCCACCACCGAUGCUAGGCAGUGACCCACCAAAACCGAGCUUGAUACCGGGAAAAUUGCCACCGUUGCCAAUUGGGCUGCCGACAGUGCCAGCGAAAAUUGUACAACCAGUCAUACCGCCACCGAUCCCGGCCAUUGUUGCACCAGCAGCGAUCGUCACGACAGCAGCAACAGCAAUAGCACAGCCUGGUACGGCAGAAACAGACGGUAUGGCGUGUUUCCGGUGUAAAGCGCGGAAGCGUCGUUGUGAUCGUGAACGGCCCUGCGCGGCGUGCUGUCUCAUUGGUGCUGACGCGUCUUGUGGAACGGCACGUACUGCGAAUUAUGAUGCAUUUCAGGGGGCGCCGAAAGGUGGUCGGAAGAAGGCAAGGUUGGAGGAGGAGGUGGGGAUACCCAUUGCAACGAGAGGGGAUAGUGUGGCGAGUAGUAGUCACAGUGUGAUGACGCUGUAGAUGGCUAUAUAUGUAAGGGCGAUGAAUGAUGUGACUGUGUUUUCUUGGUCGUGUGCCGUUGGGUUGUUCAGAUGGAUGGCGGUGAAAUGCGGGGCAGAUCUAGCCUCGGCCAUGAUGAGCGUGUACGGUGUCUGUACUGCGCGAGAAUGGCGAUGGCAGUAGUGGCAGCGAUAGAAGCAGAGACGUAUGUACGUGACUAGACACAUAUGCAGAUAGAUGCCCU